UUGGGCUUUGUUCGCAGGUUAUCUCUAGAAGAAAAAGGUUUCUUUUGGUUUUGCGGCGAAAAUCUUUUGCACGUCCUGCAGGAACAUGGUUGCUGGAUAUACGGAAGACCAACUGGCUGACUUUCAAGAAGCUUUCCAGCUGUUUGACAAUCGUGGAGAUGGAAACAUUUUUGUGAGUCAAGUGGGUGAUGUCUUACGGGCCAUGGGACAGAAUCCCACGGAGUCCGACGUCAAGAAGCUGACAAAUCAACAUAAGCCGGAGGAUCGCAUCAGUUUCGAAGUAUUUCUUCCAAUCUUGCAAGCCAUUAACAAAAACCGCGGUACAGAAACUGCCGAGGAUUUCAUUGAAGGAUUGAGGCAUUUUGACAAAGAUGGCAACGGUUUCAUUUCCUCAGCCGAACUGCGCCAUCUUCUCACUACAUUGGGGGAAAAAUUGGCCGACGAAGAAGUAGAACAACUACUUGCGGGACACGAAGAUGGACAAGGAAAUAUACAUUACGAAGAAUUCGUCCGUCAUGUUAUGAGUGGUUGAGCCGCAUCGCGUUUUGAAUAUCUAACGAACUAACGCACAUCAUAAAUCGCGUGGAAGUGUUGAAAGACAGUGAACUAAUUUUAUGCGGAUUUGGAUAUUCAUUUAUCCCCAUAAUAUCCUGCGACAUUCCUCAUGGCUGGUCCGCGGAUAUUUUUUGAUUCCACCUGUGCCGUACCGCCGUCCAAAGCUUCGAGUUUUGCGUUUAUGUGAGUAUAUUUAAAUGCGUCCAUGAAA